AUGAGCACAACCAACUCAUUCCCCACACCUGCGAGUAGUGUUAGUGGUCAGCCUUUGAAUGCGACUUCAGCGGAGGAUACCGAAAACGGGAGAAAAUCUUUGAACAUGGGAGAAAAUCUGGGAGCGGGUCCCAUCAACCCACAACAAACAACAGAACACAGACGCACCGAUCACGAUCGGCAGACAGAUGGAAGAACUUUUGAUUUUGCCACCGGGCAGGGUCAACACUCGGUAGACCCCGAUGCUAUGGAUUUGGAUACCGAGCCUACUCGUCGGGCCGAUACUACCAGCAAUCUUGACCUCGAGUCUCUUCAGAAAGAGCUCACCUCGGCUUUUCACCUUUGCAAGAGCUCUCCGAUUGUCACUGGUCCAGAUCCAUCGGUGGAUCUCGUCUCCCUCUAUGGUUUAGGUUCAGUCGCACACUCGGUAGCCCGCAUGGAUCCCGUCACGGGUGAAAAGAUCAAUCGGCUCAGGAAAUCAUACGAAGGAAAGCUGAAAGGCUUGGGACUCGCAGGCCGGAACAAGUCCAUCAAGCAGGAACCUGGCCAACCUGGCAGUCUGCGACACUUGACCAUGUGGCCCGAAGAGGAGUGGCAGAACCAGAAGGUGCAUGGCAAGACGAUCAAGGUUCCGGACAUGGACUCGGCGCUACAAGAGCUUCAGGCAAAGGCCAUGAAAAUGGAGCCCGGGCCAGUCCGCAACAACGACUUUUGGGAGGACAUUCUUGGCCAUGAAAAGCCUGCCAAACACGUUGCACCCGGCGAGACUAGCAGAAAGGUUGCCCCGGCUACGAGUGGCCGUCCUUCUGCUCAGAACUAUGCCACAUCCCCACGAUCACAGGAUGCAGAGCGGCCCCGGCCUAGCAGAGGACGCAAGAGACAUUACGAUGACAACAGCUUUGCCGGCUACGGUGAAGGGUUUGUGGAUGAUGAUGAUGACCCCGGAUUCUACUCGAACGGCGAGGGGACCGGGAAGAAGAAACGCAAGAAGGACCAUGUUGCUAAGGUGUCAACCCCCAUGUCCGAAAGAAGUGGGAGCUAUGGGGUAGGCAUGUUUGGCAUUGGGGCCAGAUGA